AUGCCUGCUGGGGGAGAUGUGGAGAACUCGUACUUGCCUCCUGUUUGGAAUGACGAUGCCGCGAUGGUUGGGUACAUGGCCAUGAUAAAGGCUAGACACGUUAAUCCUAUCGAUCACGAUAGAAAAGUAAAAUUCUGGGAGGAAGCCAUUGACUCGUAUUGUAUCCACCAGAAGAAUGCAGUUUUCACUUUAGACACACUGAAGCGAGCUUUCAGAAGAGGAGAUCAGAUUCCCGCUUCUUUAGGAAUAGUGAUUGAGCAUGCUAAAAGUCAUGGAACACUCGUUACAUUAAACGAUUGGAAGGAAAAACAUUCUACCUGGGUCAAUUGGGGAGUAUCUCAGUUGUCAAAAACUUCAUCUUGGAUCUUCGGAUCAGGGGAUUCAAUGCAAAAUUCGAAAAUUGUUCAUAUUCCAACACUAAAGCGACAAUCAGAGGAAGCAAUGAACCUUUUCAUUGAUGAAUUCAAAUCUCAAUGCGAUGGUACCGGAGAAGUUAUUGCUUAUUCUGAAUUUUAUGAAAAAGCUCGUCAUAUUUUCAGAACUAAGGAGAAUUUUGACAUUUUAUUGGAGUAUAUGAGUGACACUGGUGACGUUACUGUUGGACAAUCAAGUAAAGGAGAAAGAAUCAUUAAAUUUAGAGAUAUCGGAAGUAAUGAUCCUGUACAGUUCACAGAAGCAGACGCAUCAGUACAUGACAUCCGUCGGGCUAUGACAAAAGUUGAAAGAGAAAUUUCUGUUCUAGAAGACAAAGCAAAAAAGUAUGAGGAUGAGUGUAGAAAAGCUUUGAGGGCCGGAGAGAAAAGCAGAGCUGCGUCAUUCUUGAGGCAGAAAAAGAGAAUAACUAAAGAUAUAAGCGAUAAGGAUGGGCAAUUACAAGGCUUGUUGAAUAUGCUCCAUCAACUUGCCUCUACCAAGUUCAAUAAAGAAGUUUUGGAUGCCUACAAAAUUGGAUCUCAAGCAUUUAAAGCAAAUCUUGCUCGACAUGGUUUAUCGCCUGAUCAGGUCGACAAGACAAUGGAUGAUAUUUCUAGUACACUUGAAGAUUACAAGGAAUUGGAAGAUGCUAUGAGCCAAGGAUUUGGCUUCCGAACCAGUGAUAAGGACGAUGAUCUUCAAAAAGAGUUGGAUGCUCUAAUGAACGAUGAGAAAAAAGCAGAAGAACCAUUGGGUUUGCCAGAAGUUCCUAGUGGACGAUUCGGCUUACGCGAAGAUGACCAAGAAUUUUCUGUAGAAGAGCGUUCUCUGGAAGAACGAUUGAAAAAGCUCAGAGGCUGA